AGAAACUAGUGUUGGAAACAGCCGAUAAUUUCCAAAAGGCUACUCAGUCACUAUCACUAGUAAGUAUUCCCUCAUCCACAGGCGAUUUCUACUCCCACUAUCAAAAGUGGAUUCAUAAAUCAUACUCCAUUUUCUUCCUCUUCUACUUUUCAAAGUUGUUAAGUCUUGUUUGGUAGCAAUAAGCAUCAGUAAGCAGUAGUAUUCACUAUUCAUUAAAGUAUUCUGUAAUGGCAAGCAUCAAGGUUGAAGAAAACAAACCCAUUCCCACGCUUUUUUCCCCUUAUAAACUCGCCAAAUUUUCCCUCUCUCACAGGGUGGUUUUGGCGCCGAUGACAAGAUGCAGGGCGAUAAAUAACAUACCAAACGAGGCCUUAACAAAAUAUUACGUUCAGAGAUCUACUCCCGGCGGUUUUCUUAUUACUGAGGGCACUCUUAUUUCUCCUACUGCUCCUGGAUUCCCCCAUUGCCCAGGCAUUUACACCAACGAGCAAGUCGAAGCAUGGAAGAAAGUGGUUAAUGCUGUUCAUGCCAAGGGAGCAGUCAUCUUCUGUCAGUUGUGGCAUGUUGGUCGAGCUUCACAUACAGUGUACCAACCUCGAGGUGAGGCACCAAUCUCAUCAGUAAAUAAGCCGAUAUCAGAUAGGUGGAGAAUUUUAAUGCCGGAUGGAACUACUGAACGAUACCCUGUUCCUCGAGCCUUGGCUUCCCAUGAAAUACCCGAUAUUGUUGAGCAUUAUCGGCAAGCUGCGGUUAAUGCUAUUCGAGCAGGUUUUGAUGGGGUAGAGAUUCAUGGGGCACAUGGCUACCUCAUCGACCAAUUUCUAAAAGAUGGGAUCAAUGAUCGUACAGACGAGUAUGGUGGGUCCCUCACUAAUUGUUGUAGAUUCCUAGUUCAGGUGGUUCGUGCAGUAGCUACAGCCAUCGGUGCAGAUAGAGUUGCUGUAAGGAUCUCACCAGCAAUAGACCACCUUGAUGCCUCAGACUCGAAUCCUCUCGCACUUGGCCUAACUGUGGUCAAGUCCCUCAACAAACUGCAGAUAGAUCUUAACUCACAGCUUACCUAUCUUCAUGUAACGCAACCUCGUUAUGUUGCGUAUGGCCAAACCGAGUUGACUAGACAAGGGAGUGAAGAAGAGGAAGCUCGACUUAUUCGAACCCUAAGGAAAGCCUAUCAAGGGUCUUUUAUGAGCAGCGGAGGGUACACCAGGGAACUUGGAAUGGAGGCUGUGGCUCAAGGGGAUGCUGAUUUAGUUUCGUAUGGACGACUCUUCAUAUCGAACCCGGAUUUGGUGGAGAGGUUCAAGGUUAAUGCACCCUUGACCAAGUACGUACGGAAAACAUUCUAUACCCAAGAUCCUGUUGUGGGUUAUACUGAUUACCCCUUUCUUGGUAACGAUAAUGUUGAUAGUAAAGUAUUGGCUCGCCUAUAAUGUGAAACUGUGUAUUGUAUGAUAAAUUUUGUUGCAUAUGGAAUUUUAUGCAGACAAAUAAAGCUUGCUUAGUUCUGAAACAUAUGGUUCACUUUUCACCUAA